GGUUGAACGAAAAAUCCUCAUAUUAUUUCUUUCUGAAAAUUAACUUCGAUAUUUCUGCCGUUUACUCGCAAAAUACAUUUCUGAUCGAGAUGGUGUCCGCAUUAGUAGAGAUUGGCCUUGGGGUGAUCACAUGUCUCAUUAUGUGGACGGCCCUAUAUCACCUGAUGCGAUUUGUGCGAAGUUCAAAGACGUCAGAAUGGCAUUGUCGUUGGGUUACGAUGAUUCAUGCGGCUACAGUUACGAUAUUGUCAGGGUACUGUGGUUUCAUUGAUGGACCUUGGCCAUUCACGGAUCCUGGCUCCCCUAGAACUCUGCAAAGAUUGCUUGAUUCAGGCGGGCCAAACACCCACUGGCAGACGAUCACAGUUACCGUCUGUCUUGGCUACUUCAUCUUUGACUUGACAUGGUGUCUCUACAACAAGACAGAAGGACCAGUCAUGCUCCUUCAUCACAUCUUGAGCAUCUUCGGCAUGACGAUGACGCUUCUCUGCGGAAAAUAUGGCACAGAGAUGACCGCCGCCAUCUUUGGCUCGGAAAUCUCGAAUCCGUUCCUGCAAAUGCGUUGGUUCAUAAAAGAAACUGGGAACUACCAAACGUGGUAUGCCGAGAUAAACGAUGCGCUGUUCAUGUCCUUGUUUGGAUUCAUGCGGAUUGGCGUCGGGUCGUACCUCCUGUACACUUAUUUGAAUCAUCCGCGCCCCGAUUCAUUAGGUCGGUUUGGUGCGUUGGCGCUUUACGCUAUAUCUUGGAUCUUCUGGAUGGGGAUAUGCCGCUACGCUGUUAGGAAAUACAUGAAGAAAUAUAAGGCUAUGAAAGCAAGGACGGUUGAAUCCGAACAUGAGAAAAAGAACGGGAGGUGUAAAAAUGGUGGUGUGGAGCCAAGCGGCUUCGAUCGUGAGCAGGUGGCCACUGUGACAAACGGUCAUGCCACCAAGUCUAAGGCAGAGUGACUUGAUAAUGAAUGAUCAUCUUCAUCGUUAUUGCUGCUCUCCAUUUUACAUUAUUACCUUGUUAAACAGGCCAUCGGGAAGUGAUUUCAUAUGUUGAUGAAAUUUCUGCCCAAGUAAAAAUUCUUUAUCGGCAUUCUGUUUGAGUUUUUUACUGAAUCUCAAACCUGUUUUUUCCAAGCAUGUACUUAUUCCGGUGAAACUGUUAACAUGGUUGAUAACCUACAUGUACUCUUAUUAUCACUUAAAGUCCUUCGGGCGCCUGGCUCCCAGGUUUUCGAACAAAUAUAUUCCGUUUCUUGACUUUGCCCUAGUUUUCUCUGGACAAGCACUACAGUGCUUUCUAACUUGUCUUCGUCUUCUACCUGUUUUCAUAUCAUGUGUAUAGUCGUUUGUAUGGGUAUUGGAUGAUGUUUGAGAUGCUGCCUUGCAUUAUCAAGGUAUGGGUCAACAUUUUGGGUGGCGGGGUGAAGAGCAGUUAUAUUUUUUCCAUGACGAUAUAUCUCAUCUCGGACAGUGUUCGCAUUGGUAAUGAUACCUUGAGUUAAGAUGGUUUGCCAUGGGUGCAACUGUUGCCCUUCACAAGAUGUGUUAUACAUGUAGAUCUCUUCCAUAAGUUAUGUUAUUUUCCGCCUGCAGUAGUUUAUGAAACAUGAGUCAAUUUUACUAUCCGAGGUAUCUUGUAGGAAUGCUCAGGACACCUUCGCUCACGCAGAGCAACUUCCAAAAUGUUUCUGACUGCUCUUGACCUAGUCUGGUCAAGGUUCAGAAUGAAUGUUUAAAAUAUUUUAAUUAUUGGUGAUUUUGUAAUGACGAGUACACACCUUUUUAUAAUGAUAAUUGGUGUAGACUAUCAAUAAGUAUUUGUUGUUUUUUCUACUAUAAAACGUCGCUCUAUUUUGAAUGUAUCUUGAGACUUGUUUGUCAGGUCGUUGAGAUUUUGACUUUGACUUUGUUGACUUGAUUGUUAGUUUAAUUAGGCCAUACAAAUUUAAUUGUUCGUUUUACAGAUUUCCCGCUUGCCUAAGAUCAUGAAUAUUUUUACUUAACCGCUUGCCUAACUGAGGUCUAAUUCUAAAACGAAUUCAGAAUCUGAAUUCUGAAUCAGCUUUUUUGACCUGCUUGCUCCUCCUGGUGUGUCCUAAAAGAAAAAGUUAAACUAACAAUCAAAUCAGUAUGGCCUGACUGUAGUAGUGAUUAUUGUGUCACAUUAGAUAUAGUGAUAAUUUAAAGAACAACGAACUAAUGCAGUUAUAUGUAGAUCAACAGAUUUUUCUCUUAUACUUGAGCUGUGAACAGGGAGAUUAUUUAGAUCAAGGCUGUAUUGGCAGUCAAUGACACCUUCUCUAAAUGAUGUCAUAUUUGGUCCGAGAUUGAUCAUUUUGAUUGUGUUUUACCUCAUCAGGACACCUCUCAAUUCAGGACAGCAAUCGUCAGUCCUUGAUAGAGAAGUUCUACUGUUGUAUCUGUACGUGCCAUUGGUUGACUUAACGAGUCCAUUUCUAGAAUGGAAGUGUAAAUUGUAAAUAUUGUAUUGAAUGUCACAUUGAAAGAUAAUGCUUGAAAAUUGUUUCUUGUAUUGUUAUAUUGAUUCAUCAUGUUUGGUUAUGAUGUGCGACGUUAAACUGUUUCAAACAUUGUGCAUAGAUAGGUUCAAGUCUGACAAGUAUCUGUGGACUCUUCACACGAAUCAGUUGAUAAUGUGCAUCGCAUCAUGCUGCACGGCAACCUCAAAUUUUGGAGCCGAAGCUUUUGAUUGAGCAAUAUUUCUCUAGUCCUUAUUCCUUGUAUUAAUGCAAGUAUCAAUUCGUGUCUUGUACCCCCCCUCCUCAAGGGUACGACACCUUAUCACCCUAUAACGACAUCUUAAGACUCAAGCAUCACCCUUUUUUCACCAAUGCUACUUUUUCUUUCGUCAAGACAUCACCAUCAACAAUAUAUCAGUUAUCACCAUCAUAUAAAGUAACCGGACUAAUUUUACUGGGUAAGGCUGUAUGUUCGACAAGACAUCGACACAUUAGCAUCCUUAUUCUUUCCAGCUUCGCCAAAUUUUCACUAAAGGAAAAAUAAAUACUACUCAAGCAUCGGCAAAGAUUAGUGGUGAUAGCUUAACUACCCUUGAGGAGGGGGGGG